GACAAGGUGGUGAUUGCCGCUUUCAAAACUAAAGUAUAUGGAAACAAAAGGAAAAUGGAAGACACACCCGAUAUUUAGUCGGCUAUAUAACGCCGUCCGAAGGUGAUUGAAGACAUCAGUUGUUCAACUCUUCAACCAUUCUCAACAUGAAACUAUUUGUCAUCGCCGCUGUUUUGGCUGUUGCUGCCGCUGCUCCUUCCAGCUACAAGCCGGAAUACAAAGCGCCCAGCUACCCAGCGCCAAGCUACCCCGCACCGGCCUACCUCGCACCGGCCUACCCCGCACCGGCCUACAACAAGGAUAACAAAUACGCUGACAUUACAAUCACCAGCCAAUCUGACGAGCGCAACCUCGAUGGCAGCAGCCAAUGGAGCUAUGCCCAGUCUGACUACACGACCCGUGAAGAGUUUCAGGUCCAGAAGAAGAUGCAAGGAGUCACCUACGACUCUUACGGCAAAGAAUCGUACGGUGAAGUCCUAGGCAACACCAACAAAGGAUCCUCUUACUGGGUUUCCCCUGAAGGCCAGAAAUUCACUUUGACCUGGACUGCUGACGAAGCUGGAUUCCAGCCCAAAGGUGAUCACUUGCCCGUCGCUCCCGUCCAUGAAUACGAGCUCCCAGUUGCUCUAGUCCACGAGUACGAACUCCCAGUCGCCCCUGCCCUCCCUUAUUCGCGCACUGGACCCGGUUACUAAGUUAAGAACGUUUCCUUUGUAAAAUUUGUAUGGCAUGAACCAUGUAAGUGUAACUUAUUUCUUCAAAUAAACGCAAAUUAUGUUUUGA